AUGUUGACCAUCUCAGAAGUUGCCAUCAAGAAAAACACUUUGAAUGCAAUCUCUCGGACCAGGACAAAGUUGAGCCCUGUCACUGAAUGCAAUGUCCUGUGUUAUUCUGCUGUUCGCAAUGGACCCCCUCUUGACCCUUCUUCUAUGGAGCUUGUCCAGCCAGGAGACUAUGCUGCUUACUCAGGUGCUUUCUCUUUUCUUUUACCCAAAAAGUAUGGUGUUAACAAAAUGGUGGGUGCCGUGACCCCAGUCAAAGCUUUGGCUGAGCUGAAAUUGUCAAUGCCUUCAAAGUCCCUGAAAAUGUUGUUACUCUUGUGCAAGAUUUGGUGGAACCCUUCACCAAUAACAAGUUUGGGAUUGAUGUUGAUGUGGUGCCUUGGAGUUAACUUUUUGGGUGGUGACAUCAGGCAGGAUUUUCCUGAUAAUGCUCAGGAUUUGAUGGACAAGGCCAGGGAGGAAGGGAUUCAUUUGGAGGACCCAGAAUGGCAAACAUAUCCUGGGACAAAGAUUGUGGAACUCAUGAUGGAUCAUAAGUUGGCAUGGGAUGCAGAAGUGGCAGAGCAAGACCCUGAAGAGCUACAGCAAAGCGAGCAUUCCUUCACUAAAGUGCUGAAAGUCUGGACAAACAAGUACAAAUUUUCCAUUCGCAAAGGUCGAAACUUUUGGCAGGGAAAAAGUGUGUUUCAUGGAUAUCUCAUGCAUUUCUGGAACUAUUCAGAUGAAACUUGGCAAUCAUGUACUAGUCAUAUAAUAGUCAUGUCUCAGUCAAAGUUGAUGCUUGGGCUCAACACUUUUCACAUCUUUGGUUAUGUUUACUACCUCGGCAUUUCCCUUGACACAAUUUUUGCGAGAAGCCUCAGUGCAUCUAUCACUCCAUCCUCUGAGCUCAUUCCAACCCCCAAUCUCUCAAACUCGACCUUCACAGUUGCCACAGUUGCUGUGGCCCUUACCGUCUUUGUUCCUGCUGCACCAGGGAAAACUCCAACUGGUAAACCUGCGAAGGCCAAGAUCAAGACCGACACGAAGAACAAACAAUUCAGCUACGAUUUCAAUAACACCAAAGACAAUUACAUCUCAUUCUUGAACCAAAUUCUUGCUGCUCACGGACUUUCUACAAAAUAUGGGCCAGUGACGUCCUCUUCUCAGUUUCCAAUCAAGAUUCUCACCCCACCAGCCUGCGCCAAAGCUGAUGCCGUUGAUGUGGAAUGGCACAGUAAAUAUAAGGAUCUGAUCGAUAACGCACGCGAGAAGAAGGUGAACAAGCUCACAGUCUUAGUCCACAUCAACGCUAUCAAGGAUGCAUUGAAGAAGCAAAAGGCGGGUGGGUCAGGUUCUGAGAGUGAUAGCGGUUCAGAUGGACAGGAGAUUGAUGAAGGCAGUGGUGAGGAUGAAAAGGGCUAUACUGCUAUGGACCAGGAACUAGGUUGCCUUCGUGGCCUUUUGGAGAAGAAAUAUCAAAACCCAAACGAUUCAGGCUACACAUACAUAACCAAUGACAGCCAGCGCCUACUGCUCACCCCAAUAAUGCUUGCGCAGUGGUGCAGAGCACUGUAUGACAACACAGUGACCCUCUCUGACCCUCCCAACUCCCAGGCCUUCAAUAUGGCCAAUCGUGGCCAGCUUCUGCCUGGACAAAGCCCAACCAGCAGCAGCUCUAGCUCCUCAACUAGUUCUCCUUCAGACAGCCUUGGCCAUGUCACCUCUAUCUUCUCGACCCUCACAACCCUUCUUGCACAAAAUACACCUACCAAGCUUACACGGUUUCUUCACUAUGCCCAAGAUAAGUUGGAAAUUUCCAAUGCGCUUGACUGCGAGGGCCAGCUUUCUUCUUGCCGGUAUGGCCCCAAUAUCAUCCCCUAUGUGUCCGAUGCUGCUAUUGCGAAGUGUGGCUUUACUGAGGGCGAUGUCAUUUACCUCAAGCAUGGUGCAGAGGCUUGGUGGGCAAGUCCAGAGGCCAAACGCAUGGAAAUGGGUUACAAUGGUCGUAGCAAUGAGUAUGAGUGGUGGUACUAUUGUGAUAAGGUGAAGGAGCUUGUCAAGGUCCCCACAGGCCAGGUCCCAGUGCUGGCAGAUGCUGAUGCUCGGGAGGGAGAAGACGACUUCUGA